AUGAUUAAUAAAAAGCGUUAUUGUUUAUCCUGUCUUACGAAAAAUCCAUCAUUAUUUGCGGUUGGCAAUCAAAAUGCGUCAAGUGAAUCAACCAAACAAUGUCAAGUAUGUUUUGAUGAAAAAUCUGAGAAAGAAUUUCAAAAAGUCUACAGUCGCCGGUGUUCCCAUGUUGAGCGUCGAAUUUGUGACAAUUGUCUCUAUCAGCAUGUUAAACAGGAAUUUGGAAAAAUGUGUACGGACAGUGCGCGAUGUCCUGAAUUGAGCUGUCGCACUAAUUUCAGUGUGAAAACAGUACAAAAGAUUCUAUCGGACAAGAAUGACAAAGCUCUGUUGGAAAAAUACGAACGUUUUAUUCUUCAUCGACAAUUGGAAAUGAUGCCGGAGUUUAUCUGGUGCGCACAUGGAUGUGGAAUGGGUCAGUUGAAUGAUGGUGGAGAUGAAAACAACAUUGUCAGAUGUGCCAAAUGUCGUCAACAAACGUGUUUCACACAUAAAGCAGUAUGGCAUACGGAUAUGACCUGCGCAGAAUAUGAUGCCGUUUAUAAUUCCGAACAACGAGCCUCACAAUCGUGGAUUUCACAAAACUGUAAGAAAUGUCCUAAAUGUUCCGCACGAAUCGAAAAGGCGUCAGGAUGUGAUCAUAUGACAUGUGGCAAAUGUCGGUAUGAAUUUUGUUGGUCAUGCUUAGCCGACUACAACGCUAUUCGACACGAUGGUAAUCAUCGACAUGAUUCUGGUUGUAAACAUUACGCUCCUUAUUCUAAUUGA